AUGGACGGCCUCCUUCUAAAGACUGUAACCCACCAGACUGUCCCCAUUUCCAUGCUGCUCUCUGGCAACCAUCAUGAGAGUGUGCAGUUCCACAUCCUGCAGUCUCCUCACCAUCCACUUCUCCUGGGGUUCCCCUGGCUCCGUCGUCAUAACCCCCACCUCAACUGGGCCACUGGGGCUAUCCUAGGCUGGAGCGCAUCCUGUCACCAGCUGGACUUCAGGGAGGUAUUUAGCAAGACCAAGGCUACCUCUCUUCCACCACAUAGACCUUAUGACUGCGGCAUCGACCUCCAAGCCGGUGUUGUUCCACCUAGAGGCUGCCUGUAUUCCUUAUCUGAACCCAAGAGAGAGGCGAUGGACAACUAUAUUAAUGACUCUCUGGCGGUGGGCAUCAUCCGCCCCUCCUCGUCCCGGCCCCCACUUCGCCUCGGUUACCCGGAAGGAGUUCUGCUCACUCCUGGGGGCCACCGUCAGCCUGUCCGCAGGAUACCACCCUCAGUCCAGCAGCCAAACGGAGCGAAAGCACCAGGAGAUGGAGACGGGUCUUCGCUGCACGACACCUCAGCACCCAUCGUCCUGGGGCUGGCAAAACCGAUCCAGGAGCAGCUGGUGCCGCUGGACUUGCCAACGAGCCUGGACGCCCUAAUCGCCCUGGCCAUCCAGACAGACAACAGACUCCACGAGCUCAGGCAGCGUGACGACCGACCACUGCGCUCCGCAGCGCCGUCUGGGCUGGCGCCCCUCCGAUUGCCUCUCGAGCAGCCUCGAUACCCCAGGGAGGGAGCGGGAGACCAUGGGCAGAAAUAUCAAUGGACUUUGUCACGGGGCUCCUGGUCUCCCAAGGAUUCAUGGAUCCCCCAAGGACAUUGUUCCAGACCGGGGCCCCAGUUCGUAUCACGGUUCUGGAGGGAGUUUUGCCGGCUCAUCGGAGCCACAGCCAGCCUGACCUCCGGAUACCAUCUGGAGGCUAACGGCCAGACGGAGCGCCUGAACCAACAGCUGGAGGCCGGCCUCCAAUGCCUCGUUUCACAGAACCCCUCAUCCUGGAGUAAACACCUGGUCUGGGAACCUGAAGUCUCGGUGCCCUCUGCCCACGCCAUGGUUCGCCGCUGCCGCCGCAUCUGGGCUGCCGCCCGGCAGGUGUUGGUCCGCCAGGGGGAUCGGGUCAAAAAAGCUGCGGACCGUAGGAGACGGCCCGCCCCCACCUACCAGCCAGGGCAGAAAGUGUGGCUGUCUGCCAGAAACCUCCAUCUGCGGGUCCCCUCCCGGAAGCUGGCACCACGGUUUGUGGGGCCAUUCCCAGUCUCCAAGGUCAUCGGCCCCGCAGCAGUUCGCCUGCGCCUGCCCCGGUCCCUCCGAGUCCACCCCACGUUCCAUGUCAGCCAGGUCAAGCCGGCCAAGGAGAGCUCCAUGGUCCCACCCUCCCCGGCCCCUCCUUCGCCGGAAGUGAUAGACGGAGGUCCAGUCUACAAGGUCAAGCAGCUGCUUGCGGUCCGAAGCAGGGGCCGGGGCAGGCAGUACCUGGUGGACUGGGAGGGAUACAGUGGGUCCCGUCCCGGUUCAUCUUGGACCCUAGCCUCAUUAAAGACUUCCACAAAGAGCAGCCUGGGCCGUCAUGAGUCGGCCCUUCAAGAGGGGCGCCACACUGCAGCUCCACCAGCAGCCUCAAAGUGCGCUCUUCUAAACAGCUUCCAGCCAGGAUUUUUUGUCCAGGGUGACUAUGUCAUUGGUGGGAUUUUCCCCCUUCAUUAUAAUGUGAAAAUGCCAGACCUUAACGGUACCUACAGACCACCACCAAUAAAUUGCAAUGGAUUUGAUCCCAGGGCUUUCCGGUGGGCUCAGACUAUGAGACUGGCAGUGGAGGAGAUAAACCAGAAUCCAAUGCUGCUGCUGAAUCACACUCUGGGCUACAAAAUCUUUGAUUCAUGUGCAUAUCCACUGACAGGACAGAGAGCUGUUUUAUCGAUGCUGAAUGGGGUGAGUGAGGAAAACUCUACUUUGUGCACAAAUGCCUCAUCAAUCCUCGCUGUGAUUGGGGCUUCUGGAUCUGCUCAGUCUAUCGUUGUGUCAAGAAUCCUGCAGCCAUUCAAGAUCCCCAUGAUCAGCUACUUUUCUUCAUGUGCAUGUUUGUCAGACAGACAAAAAUAUCCAACCUUCUUCAGAGUAAUUCCUAGUGAUGACUACCAGGUGAAAGCCUUUGCACAGCUGCUGGUGCACUUUAACUGGACCUGGGUGGGGCUGCUGCGAGAAGACAAUGAUUAUGGCCGUUUUGCUGCAAAAGGUUUACUUAGAGAAUUACAGGAAACCAAAGUAUGUGUAGCGUACCAAGAAAGGAUUCCUUUGCUCUACACUCGCCAGGUGGGACUAAGGAUAAUGAAGGUGAUACAACGCUCUACUGCAAAAGUGGUGGUGGUAUUUGCAGGCGAGGGGGCGAUGACACCUUUCUUGAGAGACUACAUGACUCAGAACAUCACUGGAAUACAGUGGGUGGCGAGUGAAGCCUUCGUCACAGCAUCAGUCUUUUCAGGGAGAGAGUAUUACCCUUACUUGGGAGGAACCAUUGGGUUUGGCGUCAGAAAAGGUCAUAUCUCCAGACUGGGUGACUUCCUGCAGACAGUAAACCCUAAGAGAUAUCCUGACAAUGUCCUGAUGCCGCCCUGCUCAGGGCAGGAGACUCUGCUGGAACAGCACUCAGCCUACAUGAAUACAUCCAGCCCUAGAGUAGCCUAUAAUGUAUAUAAGGCUGUAUAUGCCAUUGCUCAUUCCCUGCACAACCUCCUUCUCUGUCAGCCAGGGAGGGGACCUUUCCAGAACAACUCAUGUGCUCAGAGCAACAACAUACACCCUUGGCAGCUGCAACACUACCUCCAGGAAGUGAACUUUCAGAUUGCUGGUAAGGAGGUGGACUUUGAUGCCAAGGGUGACUCUGUACCCUAUUAUGAUAUUAUCAACUGGCAGAGAGGCCCACAAGGAAACAUUGAAUUUGUCAAUGUGGGUUUGUUUGAUGGAACCAAGGCUGUUGGAGAGGAACUGUUGAUCCAGGAGGACGGGAUAAUGUGGGCAGGACAUCAGAUAUCUGUGUGCAGUGCCAGUUGUCUUCCAGGUUUCCGGAAGGCUGUCCGUCGUGGGGAGCCUAUCUGCUGCUUUGACUGUGUACCAUGUGACAGUGGCAAAAUUAGCAAUCGGACAAUAGAUUGUACAAUUUGUCCUGAGGAUUUCUGGUCAAACAACGACAGAACAGCCUGCAUCUCCAAGAAAGUGGAGUACUUGACCUUCGAUUCAUUGGGAAUAGCCCUGACAGUGAUGUCUGUGGUGGGCGCCUGCUUCACUCUGGCUGUCUGUGGAGUCUUCUUCUGUCACAGACACACAGCCAUCGUCCGUGUGAAUAACUCCGAGCUCAGUUUCUUCAUACUGUUUGCACUGACUCUGUGUUUCCUGUGUUCUCUGCUUUUCAUUGGAAAGCCAACAUAUUGGUCCUGCAUGCUGCGCCACACUGCCUUUAGCAUCACAUUUUCACUGUGUAUUUCCUGCAUCCUGGGGAAGACCCUGGUGGUACUGGCUGCAUUCACGGCCACCAGGCCAGGGCAUAACAUCAUGAAGUGGCUGGGGCCUAAGCAGCAGAGGACCAUCAUCUCCAGCUGCACUCUGAUUCAGGUGGUUAUCUGUGCUGCCUGGCUCAUUGAUGUUCCCCCGUUUCCAUCCAGAAAUACACAAUAUGAACAUUCAAAGAUCAUAUUGGAGUGUAGUGUGGGCUCUAGCCUGGCAUUCUGGUGUGUUCUUGGAUAUAUUGGUCUACAGGCCUGUCUGUGCUUUGUAUUGGCUUUUCUGGCCCGAAAGUUGCCGGGAAACUUCAACGAGGCCAAGUUCAUCACAUUCAGCAUGCUGAUCUUCUGUGCUGUGUGGCUAGCAUUCAUCCCUGCUUAUAUCAGCUCCCCUGGAAAUUAUGCAGAUGCAGUUGAGUCAUUUGCCAUCUUGGCCUCCAGCUUUGGCUUAUUGUUCUGCCUGUUUGCUCCAAAGACUUACAUUAUUUUACUGAAGCCUGAAAAGAAUACAAAACAGCACCUG